CUUAUGGAGACCUGGCCACAUCUGAGAACCGCUGGGAGGUGGUUGGAGUUGUCUGAAUUCACUUCUCCCAACUCUUCCCAAAUCACUACUGUUAUUCCACCUGCCAUUUUCCUUUGCCAUGGAACAUAUUUUAUUAAAUUCUUUUGCUUUGGCUGAUAACACAGAUGGCUGAAAAGACAGGCCCAGGCAUCAUGGAGCACACAGACUUUCACUGUCUAAAGCCCCAAUAGUGCUGUAUCUCCUCCUCCUCAACUGUGUCCUUUCACUUCAGAACACCCUUUGCCCUUCACGUUUGUGGAGGCUUCCCUGGUUUCCCAACCUGUGCUGCCUUUUAUCAGACCUACUCACCCAUCUAACACACCUUGUCCCAUUGAUUAUUCCUGACUUGAAGCCAAAAUUGUAUGAAUCUAAUGCUCCUCACACGUCUCCUGUGCCCUCCAUCCACCUCACUACUCCUGUGUCAUGUUGAAGUGCUGGCAUGAAAUCCUCAUGGAAACAUCCAUCAAAGAAGUGGGGAAGAGGUUCUGAGAAGGGUCAGGACUGGGGUUUGAGGUUUGAGGGUGCCCAGGACAGGAAGAGAUGAGACCACUGAAAGAUGACGUAUAUGAUUUGCAAAUAACUUCUCCCACUUUGUGACUUUUGAGUUUUAUUUCUUUUUUUAUUGAGGUAUAAUUGACAUCUUUGAAUUUUCUUUUUUUCCCAGUUUAUUGAGAUAUAAUUGACAUACAUCACUGGAUAUGUUUAAGGUGUCCAGCAUAACAGUUUGACUUACAUCUUUGAAUUUUCUUGAUGGUGUCUUUGUAGCACAAGAGUUUUUAAUUUUAAUGAAGUCCAAUUUAUCCAUUUUGAGUUGACUUUAUAGAUGGCAAGCGUCGCAGCUUGUUUCUUCUUUGCUUACGGAUCUCCAAUUCUACCUCCAUAUGUUGAAAGGACUGGGCAGGUAUAUUUGAGCAGGGCAGGCUGCACAGGCACAGGGCUGCGCUGCCAGCUAGUCGGACUGCAUGUGGUUGAGCAGACUGUGGUGAGCGUGUUGGUGCUCCAUGGUGAGCAGAGAUAGGAUGGGCCGAUUACCGAGGGCCUCGGUCUCAGGUCAGUUCUUUUUGAAGACACUUCUGGGGCUGGACCUUUCGUGGCGGCUCCCGGCGGUACUACAACUCCCAGCGUGCAUCGCGCGGGCCAGCCCUCCGCGGCGGGGUAAAUCCCCGGCCGACCUGGAUGUGUGGCGGCGAGGGAAAGGCUGAGCCGCGGGUUCCGGGUUUUUGAGGUCGACUUAAGGCUUUGGCCUCCGCGAGGGCUGAGCAGCGGAACGGCGAGCCGUAAGACCUACCCACUCAGACACGCCCCCGGCCUCUGGCCCGCCUCUGCCUUCCUCUCUGGUCUGGCCCCGACUCGUUUCUUCUUCCAGUUUCCCGCGGGGAGUAACCCUCGAAGACGACCAACCGCAGCCGAGCAUUUUGCCGGCCGGGCCAAUCAGAGGCGCGGGUGGAAGAGGCGGAGGUAGAAUCCCGGCCAGGCGGGCGGCGGGGUGUCCGUUUCUCCCGGAAAGGGUGUCUGGGCCCAACCUCGGCCGCCAUGGCUCACAGGACCCCUCCGGGCUCUUCAGCCUCUCACGCCAGCUGCCUGGACCUGUGGAGGGAAAAGAAUGACCAACUAGUUCAACAGGCCAAGGUUGCUCAGGACUCAGGUCUGUCUCCGAGGCGACAGCAGUUGGCUCAAGAUGCACUGGAAGGGCUCCGGGGACUCCUCCAUAGUCUGCAGGGGCUCCCUGCGGCUGUUUCUGUUCUCCCCUUGGAACUGACUGUCAUCUGCAAUUUCAUUACCCUGAGGGCAAGCCUGGCCCAGGGUUUCACUGAGGACCUGGCACAGGAUAUCCAGCAGGGCCUAGAGAGAGUGCUGGAGACCCAGGAGCAGCUGAAGGCCAGGCUGGAACAUGGGCUCAGGGGGCUGUGGGACUCCGUCCUCCAUGUUUCCUCCCUUCUGCCGGAGCUGCUCCCUGCCCUUCACCACCUUGCUGGCCUGCAGGCUGCCCUUUGGCUGAGCACUGACCGUCUUGGGGACCUGACCUUGCUGCUGCAGACCCUGAAUGUUAGCCAGAGCGGGGCCUCUGAGGAUCUGCUGCUGCUCCUGAAAACUUGGAGGCCCCCAGCUGAGGAGUCAGAUGCUCCGUUGACCCUGCAGGAUGCCCAGGACUUGAGGGGUGUCCUUCUGACAGCAUUUGCUUAUCGCCAAGGCCUCCAGGAGCUGAUCACAGGGAACCUACCCAGGGCACUGAGCAGCCUGCAUGAAGCGGCCUCAGGUCUGUGCCCACGGCCUGUGUUGGUCCAGGUGUACACAGCCCUGGGGACCUGUCUUCGUAAGAUGGGCAGUCCACAGAGAGCUCUGCUGUACUUGGUUGCAGCCCUGAAAGGGGAAUCAACCUGGGGUCCCCCGCUUCUGGAGGCCUCCAGGCUGUAUCGGCAACUGGAGAACACGGCAGCAGAGAUCGAGUGUCUGGAGCUGCUGGUUGAGGCCUUGAGUGUCGCUCAUAUUCCUGAAGCCCCACAGCUUCUCAUUGAGGUAGAAUUACUACUCCCACGACCUGACCCAGCCUCACCCCUUCACUGUGGCACACAGAGCCAGGCCAAGUACCUGCUAGCAAGCCGAUGCCUACAGACGGGAAGGGCAGAGAAUGCUGCAGAACAUUACCUGGACCUGCUGGCCCUGUUGCUGGAUGGCUCGGAGCCAAAGUUCUCCCCACCCCCAUGCCCCCCAGGGCCCUGUGUGCCUGAGGUGUUCUUGGAGGCAGCAGCAGCGCUGAUUCAGGCAGGCCGAGCCCAGGAUGCUUUGACUGUGUGUGAGGAGCUGCUCAGCCGCAUGUCAUCCCUGCUUCCCAAGAGGCCCCGGUUGUGGGAAGAUGCCAGAAGAGGAACCAAAGAGUUACCACACUGCUCACCCUGGGUCUCUGCCACCUAUCUGCUUCAGGGCCAAGCUUGGGUGCAACUGGGGGCCCAAAAGGAGGCAAUUAGUGAAUUUAGCCGGUGCCUUGAGCUGCUCUUCCAGGCCACACCCAAGGAUAAAGAACAAGGGCCUGCUUCCAGCUGUGAGCAGGGGUGUACAUCAGAUGUGGCACUACAACAGCUUCGUGCAGCCGCCCUGAUUAGUCGUGGACUGGAAUGGGUGGCCAGUGGCCAGGAUACCAAAGCCCUACAGGACUUCCUUCUCAGUGUGCAGGUGUGCCCAGGUAAUCAAGACGCUUCCUUUCACCUGCUUCAGACUCUGAGGAGGCUGGAUCGGAGGGAUGAGGCCACUGCUCUCUGGCGGAGGCUGGAGGCCCAAACUGAGUUGCCACAGGAGAAUGCUGCAUGGUCUCUCCCCCUGUACCUAGAAACCUGUUUGGGCUGGAUCCAUCCCCCUGACCGUGAAACCCUUCUUGAGGAAUUUCGGACGUCUCUGCUGGAGACUCGUGACCUGUAGCUGCCACGUUUCAAAGAACCUGAGCUGGGGCCUCCGUGGGCCAUCUGUGGGGAGGGCUUUCUGCUAUACCGUCCUUGGGGAACAUGGCUGGAGCUGACCAUUCCAAUAUAAGUCUGGCAUUGGAGAGGCUGGUGGUAGUUCUCCAAAGUUUGGUCUGGUUACUGCUGUUCUGGUUCCAGAAGAAGCCUCCCUUCCACCAACAAGGCAUUGACUUUGCUCAUAGCACGUUUUUUCCUGUUUCCCUUUUCAUGUGUUGAGUAAAAUUUCAUGUCUA